AGAAUUCUUGAUUUUUAAUCCAUAUAACAACAUAAAAAAUAGACACAUAAAUAUAGUAGAAGAAGAUGAGAGAAUGAUUACUUAUAAGAUGAUUAUCUAAAAUAGACAAUGAAGAUGCAUCUUUCAAAAAAAAAAAAAUCUAAUGUAAGAAUACAAAACAAAAAAAUAUUUAAGAUUUAAGAUAUAGGGGAAGGGUGAGAGGAUGGGAGGAUGAGAGAAUGAGAAAUGAGUAUUUAUAGGAUGAAAAAUUAGAUAAGUUACAAUUUAAAUAAAUAAAUUAUGGGAGUUACAAUUCCAAUUUAUUGUGUGUUGAAUACAAUUGAGAGGAAAAAUAUAAUUAAUGUAUAAUUUUAAUGAUUUCAGUUUUUAUAUUAAAGUGUGAGUUAAAUGUGUUUUAAUUAUGAUUUAGUUAAAAAUAAAAAAAUUUAAGUUACAUUUCUAAAUGGACCAAUAAGAAGAGAGUGAAACCCUACUUUUAUAUGUAUGAUUUAAAUUAUAAUCGGUCAACCCUUAUUUAUAUUUCCUCAAAUUUGUGAUCAAAGAAAAAAUUCUGAGCAAACGCCCAUCAAACAUUUAACCGAAUUCUCAAAGCAGACAAUCUCUAAUCAUCCUUUAUACCGACCGUGAAGAAGACAAGAACAUGAAGCAAAAGAUCCUGCUAAGAGUUGCUAUGACUGAUGACAAAACUAGAGCAAAAGCAAUGAAAACUGCGGUUCAGUUUAAAGGCGUGAACGCUGUGGAAAUAAAGGGAGAUCACAGGAACCAGAUUGAGGUGACCGGUGUUGAAGUUGAUAUGAUCGCUCUAAUCAACACACUCAGGAAAAAAGUUGCAUUUGCAGAGCUUGUUAGCGUAACUAAAGUUGAACCACCCAAGCAUGAGUAUGAGGAAAUAAGAACAUGAUAUCUUGGCCAUGAUCAAUGUAUCACAACAAAAGAAAGCAACUAAUGUUUUG